AUGACCACCUUUGCUGGAAAGCAGAUUGUACAAUAUGGCCUUACUGAAGUCUAUUCGGCGUCAGAUCCUCUUGUCGACAUUGUCUUCGUGCAUGGAUUGAACGGGCAUCCCCACGAUACUUGGUCCACGAAGAAGCCCGACGUCUUCUGGCCUGCUGAUCUCCUACCUGCGGCCCUUGAAGACCAAAGACCCCGAAUUUUGACCUACGGCUAUGAUGCGAAUGUGACCGCCUUUACAGAUGGUGUUUCCAAGGAUAAGAUACACAAUCAUGCAGAACAUCUUGUGAGCCGUUUGGUGGCCAACAGGUCGUUGAGGAAAGCGACCGAAAGACCCAUAAUAUUUGUCUGUCACUCCCUUGGAGGCUUGGUGGUCAAGAGAUGUUUGAUAUACAGCCAGAGCAUUCGACACCACCAACAUACCGAACGGCUACGGUCAAUUUACAUCAGCACAUAUGGCAUUCUCUUCCUUGGAACUCCUCACAAUGGUUCUGACCUGGCAAGAUGGGGUUCGCUACUCGAAAAGAUCUGUGCCGUAGCACUGCCGAAGAAGUUCUUCGAUACGUCACCACAACUUGUGCAGGCCCUGCAAACCAACAACGAGACAUUGCAAAAUAUCAACAGGCUAUUUGUAGAGAUCAUAGGCCGGUUCCACAUCUACUUCUUCCAUGAGUCAAAGCCCACCGAUCUGAAAGGAACUCGCUCGUUUGUCGUUGAGGAGGAUUCUGCGGCUCCCGUCAUUGAAGGAGUUGAAAGAAUGGGCAUCGAGAAAGACCACAGCCAUAUGUGCAAGUUCGAGGACGAAUCGAGCCCUGGUUAUGAUGUCGUCGCCGAGGCUGUUCAAAGAUAUGCCACCCGGUCCCAGUCGCUCAUCCGCUCCCGCUGGGAGGAAGAAAAGCGAGUCGCUGAGUUCGAAAGGCAGGCAGUUGCCCGUGAAUUAUUGGGUGAUAGCAUCUUUCAGAUGAGUGUAGGGGCUUCGGGUAUAGCCACACCAUCUGCAGUUGCGCAGACGAUGGAGUCAAAUUCAAUGAGUGCGCCUCCUCCCAAGCAGAUCUCCGCGUCAACUUCACCUCAGUAUGAGGUUGAAGAAGUCGAGGAUAAUUUAGUAACUGCUCCUCGUUGA